UGUCACGGCGCGAUCAAUAUAAAUCACUGCGUAAGCUGCGGGCGCCCCACCAACUCCUCUUGAACGCUACCAUGUUCACAGUGAAAGCAACUUAUAGAAACGAGACUCGCAAGUUCUCUUUCUCAGGGACUGACUUGUUUCCUACAUACGAGGAGCUUCACCAGCAGCUGUAUCGCAUAUUUCCUAUAAGCCAUAAUUAUUAUCUUUCUAAGCUCAUUUUCUCUCCUGACGCGUCUAAGCCGUCUCGUAUUUUGAUUGGAAAGGAAGUCCAUAACGCAGAGGAGUACAGCACUCGUAUUGCCCCUUUACGCAGGCGCUGGCCCAACCCAUUGCUCAGGUUCUCUAUCUUCGACGAGACUCCCCACAAAGUACCCAGUGCAACGGUCGAGGAUUCUCUGGAGGUUCCCAGUCCUUUAUCCUUUAUGGCGAUUCCCCCGCCUCCUACACUUUUCCCGACUCCUGCACCUACUUCAUCGUUCGAUACACGUUCCCAGGAGUUUCUUUCAUUCAAAGCGGCUCAUCUACCGCCACCUUCUUCUAGACCACUUCCUACUCUUGAACGUCCUAGCGUCUUCACGCCUCCAAUCUCACCUUCGUUCACUCCGCCGCCACCACAUAUCAUAUUCCGAGAGCCACCUGCGCAUCCCUUGAUUCCAAGUCUUCCUUCUCUCUCGCCCCAAGGAGCCUCUCAGCCAUGUUGCUCAGUCGCCAAAGGGAAGUCGGAGAUGGAAACUCUCUUGGCAUCUUUCAAGAAAGAUAUCGAUCGUAUCAUGCUCAAUACUUUUGGCGAAUGCAAUGCUUCAGCACAAGUCGAUACAUCUCAUCGCCAGAACCCCUUUGGAGCAGAAAUAUCCAACGAGGCAUCGUGCAACAUAACGAACGUCUCAAUGGAGCCUUCUUCAUCACAUAGGUGUUUCGCCUGUAGGAACGAGUUCUCUGGAAGCUGGUACGGAUGUGUGAAAUGCCCGUGGCACUAUGUUUGUCCAAGCUGUUUCUCCAAAUCUGGCGCUAUGCACACGUUGAGUUUUGGGCCAACUCACGUUGUCCAGCGACGUGAAUCUGCGCCGUCGGAAAUAUCCAACGAGGCCCCUCAUACUUCGUCAGAGGCAUCGUGCAAUACAACGAACGUCUCAAUGGAGUCUCCUUCAUCACAUUGGUGUUUCGUCUGUAGGAACGAGUUCUCUGGAAGCUGGUACGGAUGUGUGAAAUGCCCAUGGCACUAUGUUUGUCCAAGCUGUUUCACCAAAUCUGGUGCUAUGCACCAGUUGAGUUUUGGGCCAACUCACGUUGUCCAGCGACGUGAAGCUGGGCCGUCAAUUGCCAUCACACCGUCGGCCGUGGAAAUGCCCGCAGAGUCUCAGUCUACCGGAACUGAGCUUGUUGAUACCGAGCCUAAUCAACGUUCGCCUGUCGUUCACCGAAAUAUUGUUUGUGACAGCUGCAACGAAAUCAUUGUUGGCGUCAGGCGUAAAUGCCUGGAUUGUCCUGACUAUGAUCUAUGCACGCCCUGUAUCGAGUCAGGUGCUGCAGAGAGGCACAACUCGUUCCAUGAAUUCUUCGACAUUGAAACGCCCGGACGAGUGUUUGUCCACACGGUCUUUAGUGGAAGCGGGGAGCGUGAUGCUUCCCCAAAUAGUCGUAAUGCUACAGCAGAUAGUCCUCACACUUUCGCGACGACCCCAGAGACUAUUCGUCAUUGCGCGGCUUGCAACAUGUGUGAUUCUCCUAUUGUUGGUGAUCGCUUCAAAUGUGUCAAUUGUCCAGACUUUGAUACUUGCGCCAAUUGCUUCAAGAUUACCGGAGAGCAACAUCCCUAUCACGGCUUUGUGCGAGUGAGCAAGACGAGCGACCUUAUGAUGCGCAAUGCAGUGACCAACAUAGCUACUCAUUACGCGACGUGUGAUUCCUGCCGGAGGACCAUUCGUGGUGUCCGUUAUAAGUGCAUGCACCCUAGCUGUCCUGAUUUCGACCUGUGUCAGAAUUGCGAAGCCCUCCCUAUCCCGGUCCACCCUUCCAUUCAUCCGUUGUUGAAGAUGAAGACUCCUGACACUGUUGUUCCUACCGUGUACAGAGUUGGGGUGACUAAUCUCAUCCAUUCUCGAAGGACAUCCCAGGGGAGCACCCUUCCCCAGACUUUGGAAUCUCGACCUCAGAAAUCUCCGCCCGUUUCUGUAUCACGUACCUCCUCCGAGAUUUCUGUGAAAAAAGAACAGGAGCCGUCUCUUGUCGUUCCCGAGUCUCUGAGUCCUCUAGCCGUUUUAGCACAGUGCUCCGACUGCGUCAGUGCAAACUCUGUCGGCCCUUGGGGUUAUGGUCUAACUCCUGCUAAAUCACCCCAAUUCCCGCAGUCUCCCGCCCCUAACUGCGAAGAACCUUCCUCGUCUCCCACCCAAUUGAGUGUCAGCUCUUGCUACCAGGCGGUCAGACCAGUUGAGUCCCAGCAGCCUUCCGCUGUUGACCGUGAACAAUCAACCUCACCUUAUAGUAAUUCGGCCCAGACGAUCAAUCGACCUUCCGCUGAGGUGAACUCGCCACCCCUCGACCUGAACCCUUCACUUGAUAUCUUUCGUGAAGUUUGGCCAAAAGUGAACCGGGAAAUGAAACACCUUGCUGAAGCAAGACGAUCCGAAGUAGAUUUUCCUAGUUCUGUGGCUGACUCGGAUAAGGCUGUUGAAACCAAUCUGGGCAAGCUGGCGGAAUCUACAAAUUCUCUCUUCAAAUCAAUUCGCCCUGAAGAAUCUGCUGAGUCCACUCCUCAAGGAAGUGUCCCACUCUUUUCUGCGGACAGGGAUCUUGCUGCACUUCUACGUGGUUUCCGCACACCAUCCCCUGUCGCUUCUGAAGCACCCGCUCCAUCCGAUACAACUUUCUCUGCACUCCCUGAUAGCGUCAUGGAUGAACAAGCGGCUGCUACGCCCAGCCCAGAACAGCAACAGGCCCAAAUUACCCCUCUCAGUUGUGCUUUUGUGUCCGAUACGACAGUUCCUGACGGUCAGAUUUUUCCACCUGGUGCUGAGUUCGUUAAGUCCUGGCGGAUGUUAAAUGAUGGGGAAAAGCCUUGGCCAGAGAUGACUGAGAUUCACUUCGUUGCGGGGGAGUCUUUUUCACCCGAAGCUGACUCUUCGAUGGUUGUCAAAGUAGGACGCGUUGAUCCGGGAGAAGCUCUUGAUGUGUGGACCAGUGACCUAAAGGCACCCGAUGUUCCUGGUAGAUAUGUUAGUUACUGGCAAUUGACGGACGGCGCAGGCCAAAGGUUUGGCGCUAACAUUUGGAUCGAUGUCACUGUCACCGAGCCUCGUCAGUCAGCUGAUGAAGCUGACGAUCAUUCUUUGGCGUCAUCCUCGAUGAUCAUGCCAAAGUCAUCAUCGGACGACAGGUCUGCUCAUUCUGUUGGUCCCCUUGGUCACCUAUUUGAACCAUCAUAUCCCUCGACAUCCAAACCUACGACGGACGGGACAGAUGAUGGGGCCUCUGAUGGGUCGUCAGUAUCGUUGGAUACGCAUUCCCAACCUGAGAACCUUGAGUACGUUGUGCUGUACGACAGCAACGACUCAGAGGAUGAAUAAAUAUUAUCGAUAACUCUGUUUGCUUUCUAUUUACGAUGUCUUUAUGCAGCGGCAGAUCCGCACCAUCUUAUUAUCGUGUACUAUUACAAGCUAUCUGAAUUCAUAUCGAAGAGAAGAGAAAUGAUCCGCACAAA